UUAUGUCACAGACCUCUCGAUCCUUUGCAUGCAGCAAAGUUAGCCUUUUAAUUGCCAUAUGAACAUAUUGCGUUAGAGUUAUUCUGAAAAAUAAUUUUUUAAAUAGUGUAUUAUUUUUCUAAUAGGAAAAAGCUCCUUUUAAAUUGCCUAUAGCCACUUUUGCCACAAUAUCGCGUUUUCGCAGUCGAAAAUGGCCUCUAAGCUCAUCGCCUCUGCGCUCCGCCGCACCACCGUUGUGCCUUUACGUCUCCGUCAACUCUCUACGGCGGCAGCGGCUGUUGCUCCGCAGCCCACGGCCACCGAUGCUUACGAGGAGGUGGAUGGAAUUUCAUUGAAAGGGGUCAAAAUCUCCGGCAGACCUUUGUACUUGGAUGUGCAGGCCACUUCGCCUGUGGACCCUAGGGUUUUGGACGCCAUGCUUCCCUUCUACCUCUCCCGCUUCGGCAACCCCCACUCACGCACUCACCUCUAUGGCUGGGAGUCCGACCUCGCCGUCGAGAAAGCUCGAGCUCAGGUGGCCUCUCUCAUCAACGCCUCUCCCAAAGAGAUAAUCUUCACCUCCGGCGCCACAGAGUCGAACAACAUCUCCGUCAAAGGCGUCAUGCACUUCUACAAGGACAAGAAGCGUCACGUUAUCACCACCCAGACGGAGCACAAGUGCGUUCUCGAUUCUUGCAGGCACCUUCAGCAAGAGGGUUUCGAUGUCACCUAUCUUCCCGUGGAUUCUGAUGGGCUCGUCGACCUCGAUCGCCUUCGCUCGGCCAUCAGGCCUGACACGGGGCUCGUCUCCGUCAUGGCGGUGAAUAACGAGAUUGGGGUGAUUCAGCCGGUUGAGGAAAUUGGGAAAAUUUGUAGGGAUUUUAAUAUUCCUUUUCAUACUGAUGCAGCGCAGGCGUUGGGGAAGAUUCCCGUUGAUGUGGAGAAGAUGAAUGUUAGCUUGAUGUCGUUGAGUGGCCAUAAGAUUUACGGACCGAAAGGGGUUGGGGCUUUGUAUAUUCGGCGGAGGCCGAGGAUUAGGGUUGAGCCCCAAAUGAGUGGGGGUGGGCAGGAGAGAGGGAUUCGUAGUGGCACAGUACCCACUCCGUUGGUAGUGGGAAUGGGUGCUGCCUGUGAGCUGGCUGCACAGGAGAUGGAGUAUGAUAAGAUGAGAAUUUCGGCAUUGCAGGAGCGGUUGCUAAAUGGGAUGAAGGCUAAGAUUGAUGGAGUGGUGGUGAAUGGAAGCAUGGAGAAGCGAUAUGCUGGGAAUUUGAACUUGUCUUUUGCGUAUGUGGAAGGGGAAAGUUUGCUCAUGGGGUUGAAGGAGGUGGCAGUGUCGAGCGGGAGCGCUUGUACAAGUGCAAGCUUGGAGCCCUCGUAUGUGUUGAGGGCUUUGGGGGUGGAUGAGGACAUGGCUCACACUUCAAUUAGGUUUGGGAUUGGGAGGUUUACAACUGAGGCAGAAAUUGAUCGGGCUGUGGAGCUCACGGUACAGCAGGUGGUGAAGUUGAGAGAAAUGAGUCCGCUUUAUGAGAUGGUGAAGGAAGGGAUUGACAUUAAGAGUAUACAAUGGGCGCAACAUUGAUUGGCUAAAAUGAUUGCCAAUGCUGUAAUGAAUAUGUGAUACAAGAAGUCAAGAACACAUGGCUAUAUGGUAUUUGGACUAUGUGAUAUAUGAGAACAAGCCUGCGAGCUAGAGCUGCUCAUUAUAGAAUUCCAGGUUUCUGUAAUGUUACCUUUGUACAUGCCUUUUGAGAAUUUUCCAUGGGUACUUUUCACUCAAUUUUGCAAGAUGGUUACUUUGAUGUUUCGAACAAAAUUUAACUGCUAUCACUGUAAGUUAUUGUCUUUCUCUUGGUCUGGACACAGACAUAUGUUGUUAUUUUGUAACUGGAAUAACCUGAGCAUACAUCCAUUUUAGUC